AUGUACCCUGCGGGCUUUUCGCUUAUUGAUAUCCCGAGUUUCAACCAUACAAACAGUCCAACACGCUGGCUUCUACUUGGCCUCAAACAACGCGGUUUCGGUCAGGGUCGUUGGAACGGUUUUGGUGGGAAAGUUCAUUCCGGCGAUUCUAGCCCGAAAGCUGCAGCCUUACGUGAGCUAAAAGAGGAAUCUGGGUUGGAUGUUUCAGAUGAAAACAUAGAGGAAAUCGCUCGCUUAUGGUUUACGUUCACCGAAAACGAUGAGGUGCACGUUUUUAUGUGCCCAGAUUGGCAACCCCUCAACAGUACUACUGGUCAAAUUCAGUGGCCGACCGAUACCGACGAAAUGCAUCCUUCUUGGUUUCCGAUUGGAGCACUGGUCGACAGGUCCGAUGACUCCAGCACAUUUUCCUUAGACAUCUCCAGCAUCCCUUUCAACAACAUGUGGCCAGACGAUCGAUUGUGGCUUCCGAAGGCGUUACUUGGUACACAUUUUGCUGGGUGGCUUCACUUUACCCGGAUGUCUCAACCUUCAAAGGCUUCUCGUCCCGAUCUGUUGGCGGACUGCUCGGGCAGCACUAACGCCCUGCAGAUAGAUCCCUAUGAGGUGCCAGCUUAUCGUUUGGAAUUCUUCUCUCCUUCUGAUGGCACAAAGCACAACGGCGUCAUUGAGGCGGAAGAGAACGAUACGCCAAAAUUCUCGAUCCAGUCACUGGUCCAACGCCUAAAUUUGGACUCGGAUGAUGAAUUAAGACACUGGAUGAGUUCGAAAUCGAGAAUCGGUCCCUGGAUGUCAGAACUUUUGGUGUUUGCUUAGAGUUUCGGAUACCCUUACUGUCAUUGGUCCUGUUUUUAGGCGUCACUACCUCUUAAAUCUUUUUUCUCAUUUGUGAUGACGUUUUUGUACAGGUCCAGCCUAAAGGAAUCUGCCGCACAAAUGCUACAUUUUCACUCCAUGGAAAGGCCGUACUACGUUAGCUC